AGCUGUCAGAAUGGAGAUACCGCUCUUAGAAAUUUUAUUUAAAAACUAUGAAAAUAUUAUCUAUUUAGUUUGUGACUAUAGAUGUAUUUUCAAAAUACGAAUAUAGUCCUAAUAUCAAAAUCUUUUUAAUUUACGUCAUCCUAAAUUCACAAUGAAAUGCUAUGUCCCAGGAUCAAAUGUAAAAGUUUUAGGGAGGACUGUGCACGCUUUGGCUAGAUUUGGAGAUGAACUAUACUUAGAAUCUUUACCUGAUUGUAUGCUUUUAAGAACUCUAAAUGCUGCUGAAUCGGCAUAUGCAAUGGUCAAAUUCAAUAAGAAUUUCUUUUCAUAUUUCAACUUUAAUUACUUCUCAAAUGAAGACAAUGAAGGUUUAAAAUGCAAAAUAUCAAUGAAAUCGGCACUAAACACGUUUAAGUCGCCAACGCAUAUGGAUAAACAAGUAGAGAAUUUGGAAAUAAAACUUGACCCAGAAGCAUGUAAAUUAAUAUUUCAGUUGAAAUGUAAACAUGGUAUAGUGAAGACACACUAUGUGUCUAUAUUAGAUUGUAAGGCCAUGCAAGCAGUGUACACAAAAGAUUCUGUACCUAACAGGAUAACAUCUUCUCAGAGAUUGCUAUCAGAAACACUAAGCAACUUUCAAAGUUCGGAUGACCAAGUCACAUUAGAGGCAACAACACAGUCACUUAUACUUCGGAACUAUACUGAAUGUAGUGGAGACUCACUGAAAAUCAUCAGGACACAAAUAAACCUAAAACCAAUAGAGUUUACAAGUUACUCAAUUGGAACUGCUACUACUAUAACUUUCACAUUAAAGGAAUUUAGAGCACUUUUAUCUUUAGCUGAAGCUUUAAGCUUGCCUAUUCAAUUACAUUUUGAAACAACAGGGCGGCCGGUUGUAUUUAUUGUUCAUAAUGGAUCAACAUUUGAAGCACACUUUGUUUUAGCAACAUCAAAACCUGAUGGUGCAACACAAGCUACAUCUACACAAAAUACAACUAUAGAAAGAAAAAGAAAAGAAACUAGUUAUGACUCUUCAGCUAGGAAGAAAGUGCAUAUAGACACUGAUAUAUCCAAAUGCCUAGAUGAAGAUUCACAUUUGUUUAAUUUUAUUGAUAUACCAGAUGAAAUACCUGUUGUCAAUUCAUUAUCCAAUGGUAAGUCAUUCAUAGAAAAUAAUAUUAAUAGAUCCAAUUGCAAAUCAUUACAAAUGGAAAAUAAUGAUAAUGGCAAAGAAAAUGAUGACAUGGACCAUGAUCACAUUCCUGCAUCACCUACUUCAAAAGCAAUGAUAAAAUCCGUAUUCAAGAGAUGCUUUGAAAGUACUUUUGAUCCAAGAGCAAUAAGAGGUGUGGUCUUAGCGGAGGACUCUGACAGUGAAUAGCAAACUUUUUAUGUAAAUAUAUUUAUUUUUAAUGUAAUAUAGUCAUUGAUGUGUUGAAUAUAUAAAAUAAUGUAUAAAUAUAAAGGAUUAUGUAAUUUUUACAUGUCUCUAUAGAUAUCCAUUACCUUCACUAAUUUAUAUAAAGUGCAUCAAACAAUGAUUGCUAGCCACAAACAGACAAGUUCUUAUGUAUGGAGCAAAAUACUAUACAUUUCUAUUUAAAAAAAUCUUUUUAUUUCUCAAUUAUGACAACAUAUUGUUUACAAGAUUAUUAGAUGAAACACACCUAAAAAUCUAUAAUCCAAUCGAUUUUUACUAUAAUAGCACUUGGAAGUAUGUACUAUAAAUACAUGUGAGAGAAGUCUUAGUCUGUAAAUGUUAUAAUAUAUAAUUAUG